AUGCUGAAACCUAAGAUAAGCAACCCAAACAACAAGAUUACUGGAUGCAAGGUUGAAGGUCAAAUCAAACCAAAAAUGACAAUAAAAGAAAGUAAAUAAUAAGGAUAUACAGAAUCAGAUUAAUAGGAUAUUUUCAUGGCUAGCAAGUAAAAUCCUAGUCAAAUAGUUACACCCAACAAAACCAAGAAAAAGAAGAAGAAAAAAUCUAAGAAAUCCUCUUAGAAAUCAAAAACUGAAAUACAAAAAAGUGGUUUUAAAACAAAAAAGUCUAUUUCGUAAGUUAUUCCAUGGGGUGUGAAUCAGCAGAGACUACGCAAUUACAUUUUAGCUGAACAAUAGAAAUAUUAUAAUGCGAUUUAACGUAGAAAUACAAGAACAACUGUAGACCUCAAAGAAAGAAGAUAAUAAAUUGGCACAUCAUUUUUAAACUAAUACAUCGAAAAGAAUCUUAAAUCAAUGAUGAAAAAGAAAAAAUCUUUCCAUGAUGAAAAUCAACCUAAGCAAAAAUUAAAAAUAUCAACUGCUUUGUAAUAAUAAUACAAAAAGUUGGGAAGCAAAUCUAAAAAUUUCAAUAUUCUACCAAAUCGAAUGAAAAUGAGUUUUAUUCACUAUCCUAGUCCUGCUUAGAAAGUAUAAAAAAGAAAUAGAAGUCUCUCGUAAGGUUAACAGAAUAAGCCAAUUUAAAUUAAUAGAAUUAGAACCGGUUCUCUUUAUGAGAAGCCAGGAACCUUAUUUGAAGCUCCUAAUUUAUAAUUGAAGUUCAAUAAAGCAGAAAAGCAAAAAAGGAUUGUUUUAUAAUAUUAAAACAUCGAAGAGAAUUAUCUAAAUUAUAAAAAACUAGGGUGUAAUUCAUCAAAAAAUUAAUCAAAACCCCAAUCAUCUCUUUAUAAAUUAAUGAGCAACUCAAGCAGCAAUAAUAUUCCAAAUGACAGUGAUGGAGAAUAAAAUAUUUAAGACUUGGAUGAUAGCUUUUAUAGUUAAAAGAAUAUUCUAGAUACUCAUUCUGAAGAAGAAGAAGCAUAAAAAAUUGAAGAAACAAACAUCUUUUAAUGUACUUUUCCUGAAAAUUAUAAUGAAGAAUAUUAUUUCAAAAAAGAAAAUUUUAAGAAGAUUACUUUACCUUAAAAUACUUACUCUGUUGAAAAUUAGGCAGCAGUGAUCAUUUAAAAGGUAUGGAAAGGAUAUUAAGUACGAAAGAAGAUUUUUAAAUCUAAAUUCUAAUAGAAUAAAGAUAAUAAAACUAAGGAUGGAUUAAAUUUAAAAAGUUUAACCAAAUCUCAAAUUAAUAAACUAAUCAAAUUUGGAUUUCUCAAAAAAGGAUCAAUAGAUAACUCAUAACUUAUAGAUGAAUCUAGCUUUGUAAGUCAGUCUAGACCCAAUUCUUAAAUAGAUAAUUAAAAGGAUACAAAAAAGAUUAAUGAAUCAAAUUAAUAUUAAAAGUUCAUAGAAAACUUUUAAGAUGAUUUAGAUUGCAGGCCUAACUCGUCUAAUCAAUAGAACUAAGUUUCAAGUAAAUUUAAAGACAUUUAGUUACAAAUAAUAUCUGAGUAUACUCCUGAAAAAAUUAAGAAAUCAUAUCAACAUUCUCAAGAUGAAUCAUUUGGAAAUUAAAAAUCGAAAAAAAUUAGUAAAUUAUCAAUCGAUGUUGAAGAGUAAGAAGAGGAGAAUAAAGUUGAUAUUGGAGAAAUAAGAUGUGCUUUUGGUUCAGAAUCAUUAUUAAAGAGUCUUUCUUAAGAAGGUGAAUAAUCAUUCUAAUAAGACAAAGGGCUGUUUGAAUAAACAUCAUUCUAAGACUUUGUUAUGAAUAAGUUUAAAGAACUUAUGUAAAGAGACAAGAUGGACUAAUUAAUUGCUUUAAGAGAAGAGGCAGUUCAAUAAAGACAAUAAUAAUCUUUAAGGUAAAUUGAUAAAGCCUUUUAAAAUAAUCAAAUAUCCCCAAGGACUUUCGAGGUUUAACAAAGGAAAGUCGAGAAGUGGGUUAAUAAAUAAAAAAAUGAUUUAGAGUAAAAAAAGAGGGAGAUUCUCAAAGGAUAACAAAGUGUGUUUGAUGCUAUUGUGAAAACUUAAAGAGAUUUGCAAUUUGUGAAAUAAAUGCUAUCUUCAUAAAAUUCUUAAACAUACAUCAAAAUAGUUGAUAACUUAAGCUAAGAAUCAGCAAAUUAUAGUGAAAAUUCCUUAAAGAGUUCAAUUAUUGAUAUUUAAAUAUCAAAUUCUUAAAUGUUGCAAUCUUAACAAGAUGAUAAAAAUAAAGCUUAUGAUGAUGUAGUAACAAUUUAGAGAAAAAGCAAUAAUAUAUUAGAGGAGAAAGAAUUAAUUUGUCCUGAACCCUUCAAUCUAAAAAAAUUGGCUUAAUCUUAGUUUGUUAGAAAUGUGGAACAGCUCAAAGAACCAUAAAAAAUAUCUGAAAAAUGUGCAGAUUCAUAUUCUAUUUUAAUUUCAAAUAUGCUGAUAUAAGAAGAAGUGAAUAGUUUUUAUAUAGAAAUGUAAAGAGAUGGCAUUGAUUUAUAUGAACUAAUCAGCAAAUCUUAAUUCAAUAAUAAGAAUUAGAUUGUUUAGCCAAAAGAACAAAAGAUUCAAGGUUUGAAAACAAAUGUUGCAUAAAUUAAAUCAUAUCUCAAAUAUUUGGAAGAGUAUUUGAUAGAUAAUUUAAUGAUUCAAAUCUAGAGAAUUAUCAACAUUCCAUUGGGUCCAUCCUCUCAAUUAAUGCUUAAGUUUCUUCAACCAAUAAGAGACUCAGCAGAGUCAGACUAUGAUUCAAAUGGAGCUUAGCAAUAAAUCAUUCUCAAUGUAGAGUUAUUUGGUAAAUUUGAAAGAUUUUUAAUGGAAUAGCGAAUCAUUAAUCAUCAAAAUAAACUCAUAAUUGAAUUAGAACAUAUUCAUAAUAAAGCAAUAUUUGAUUCUUUAAACGAAGCACUUGAUUAGUUUAGACCAUAUGGUCUACAUGGAUAACCAUUUUUGUGGAAAUCUGACCCAACCAGAUUGAGAGCAAGGGAAAAUUAAUUGACCGAUGUACCUCAAAUCAUCAGGAAAGCCUCAGACAAAGUCAUAGAUUGGAGUCAUUACAUGGCAGGGAUCUUGGUUGAUAAAGAGGAUUCACCAUUUCCAAAAUCUAUGUAAUUAGACCAAGAAACCAUAGCUUAAAUACGAGAAGACAGACUCUAUAGAAUGUUAACAUUAGAUAUUAUUGAUAAUGAAGAUAGAUGGACAAAUUACGAUGAAGAGACUACUGAAAUCUCAAUAGAUUUAUCAGAUCUAUUGUUUGAUUUUCUGAUUGAAGAAGUAGCUUAUGAGAUGUAUAAGAAAUGA